GCCGACAGUUAUCAUCCCGAGGUUGAAUUGGGUCACUUUAUCUUCGUUUUGUUCCUGCAUACAUGAUCGAAUGAUAUAACGUUUCGAUAUUGUUCCCUUUUUUAAAUUUUUCUUUUUUUAACAUUUCGUCGUCACAUAAACGGCGGCGUCAAGCCAGCAAGAAUUAGGCACCGGGAUUUCGAAAUAAAAGCGUGAAAGCUGCUGCCCUUGGAUAAACUUUCUAUGGACACAUUCCUGUUGGAGCACAGAGGAAUAUCAAAUGUCAUUCGGGGUCAUCUCAAAGAGGUGGUCCAGCUGAUCAUUUCCUACAGCUGAUUCAUCCAUCUACCAACCAUGUGUGUUCCACUGUUUGUGGGUCCAGUAUGCAGAAGGAACAGCCUUGCUUGAGCAAGCACAGUCCUCGUGCUGUGUCCAGCAAGAAUGCUAAAGAUAAGAGCAACAGUACGACCCUGCUGGCAAUGCGUAAUACUAAAGAUGCAGACGACUCCAGUGGAAGGGGCUCCCGCUGCAGUUCAGAGAAAGACUCUGGCUACUCUGAUGUGGAGGACCAGCGGAGCAACAAAAGCCAGUACAGAUGUAGCGAGCGUGCAGAAACUUCACAGCCAAGUCAAAACCAAGAGAACCUUGGGAAUCCUACGCUGAUGCCAGCAGGCCAUGAGCUCCCACACAUCUACAUCAUCAACAAUGUGACGCUUAAGCAGCCGGACAUGAUCCAGAAAAGAGGUCAGCUGCCCCAGAGAACUGGAAGCAGGGAGAGCGAAAGCUCUGGUACUGCCCAUGUUAUUCUUUUACAACAGCCCAGCUUGUUGCCGGCCACUCUCCAGCUCCGCAAGCCCUUGUCCCGAAAGUCCACUGCCACAGGGAAGAAAAUAAAAGGUACUUACCUACCCAUUCUUAACUCCUACCCCCGCAUUGCACCACACCCCAGCAAGAAGCUGCCUGACAAAUUGUCAUCAAACGAUGAAUCCCAGAAUUUGAGCAAGAGGGUGUGCACAGAACACAAGGGUGAUGGCACGCCUGUGUCACGGAGUCCACCUGAGCAACACCUUUAUAAGCAACCCAAAUUAGCAGCCAUAACCAGAGAUAGUCCAUCCUCCUCCAGUCCCACUACUGUGUCCUCGAGCCAGGGCUCCCCAUCUGGGUCCAAUCUGCACAGCGCCUCAUCCUUCCUCGCAGCCAGAGGGCUUCACAGAAGUGGCACCACCAGUACUCGCCACCGCCGUUUCCACAACACAUUAGAAAUCCUCAGACAGUCAGGCCUGUUGGACAUUACACUGCGCACAAAGGAGCUGCUGCGCCAGAGCAACGCCACCGAGCGGGACAUUGCCCAACUCCGCCAGCACACAGAGCUACUGUGCCAGGCCGCCAGGAACCCCAGCUGCAGCCUGGAGAGUUUCACAGACUGGGAACACCUGCACCAAACCAUGGCUGAGUCUGGCAGCUACCCCGACCUUAAAAUCCUGAAAAAUGCACCAAUGCCGUGUCGUCCAGAUUCUGCCAGUCAACCCGAGAGGAUUUCCACAGGUGAUGCCAACUGGCCACAAGCUAUGGAGAACUCAGAGGUGCCGCCGUCUUGCCUUCUCACCACUAUACCGCACCCAAACCAGAACUGUCAUGUGCCACAGCAGUCUCACUCAGGACAAGGCAGGGAGCUCGAGACCCGUUAUAAAUGGUCAGAAAAAGUCACCUUCGUGCCUCCUGAUAGUUCUACUGGUUAGGACAAUCUGCAUUGUCUUUAAAUGGAGAGCAAGUACUCAGGGCUAGCAAGUGGAGAACCAGUAGUUAUUUUGGAUAUUAUGUGUGGUUUUAAUAGCUUAUCCCUAGUUAUUUAAACCUAGUUUUAUAGAGAUGGCACAUGGCAUCUCCGCAGGUCAAUGGAGAUCCAACAAUGAAUAGAGUUCAGUACUUGCUGUACAUGUGGCUGUAUAAGCUUUGUUUCCAGUUGCCUAACGUACUUCACCAGAAUUAAGUGUUUCACAUCUGAAAGCUGAUCCCUAAGCAAUUCAGUCCUGAGGCACCAUUUUAUAUUGCCACUGCAGUGUUUAUAAAACCACCCAGAUGAGUGGAGGGUCUCUGUCUGUGAGCCACUUAAAGGAUUAUGUGAAAAUAAAAUAUCCCCAGGAGGUAGAGGAAAUUGGCUUACACACAGGUGGCACUUAACGCAGUGAUGACAACUACAGUAUACAUUAUCAGUUAAGUUGUUCGUUUUGCUCACGUCAGACCAGCUUAAUUCAGGGAAAAGAGGAAUAAAUCCAUCUCUUGGUGGAUAAAUGUUGAGAAAAUGAUUUCUUACAACCUGCUUUACACGAGAGUGAGAGUGAGAGAGAGAGAGACAGCAGUUCAAACAAGGUGAUAAUUAAGAUCGGGGCCUUCAAGAUGAUGCAGCUAAGCUCCCAGAAAUAUGACACAACUUGUCGCUCAGCAUUGCAGAGAGAAACCUCUCUGUAACAUCACAAAGUGCACUACACUGGACUGCUGCAAGGACUUCAGUACAAACACUUCUCAACAGAGCCUUAAAAACUCUUUUUCACAUCAUCAUUACAUUUAGUUAAUUUAAGUCUUUGUUCAUUUUACAAAUACUGCACACGACUUAUGAUAAUGGACGCAGUGUAACCACAGACUGUGUGAUUUCACCACAGCAUCUCCAAGAUAAUCAGUUGUACAAUGUCCUUAUCAGGCAGCAGCUGUGUUGUCCGUUCUCACUUUGAUGAUAUUCUCUUUUAUUGCACCAAUUUUUGUGUGGUCAUCUAUUUUAGUCAUAGAUGGAGGACAGUUUGCAUUGUGAGUUUGAGAGAGUUUGACAGUGUUAUUGUAAAAGUAUGUUGACUAAGUGGUUAUAUGCAUGUGGUAUGUGUAAGAUUUAUGUUUUUUUUUCCUUCCAUUUCUUUGCGCUUGUGUAUAUGACGGACAGCACUGCCGGCAAUGCGCACAUUUCUAAAAUUUCAAGUACUUUAUACAGUGUAUUUUUCAUGAUUUUAAGGUAUUUAAAUAAAGCGAUACAUGAAGAAUA